AGAACUUCUAGUAUUUCUUCCUUCAGGUGUUGGUUACUUCAUGUCUUAUCUGCGCGGUUGGUUCUCGCUUGAUACCUCGAGCUCCGCGACCAAGGUUGAGCCCAACGACUCCUACCCAAAUCAGCUACUUCCAGUCCCACAAUUCCAUGAAGAAGAUGAGGACGAUGGAUCGGACACGGCAGGUGAAGACGACUCACCGCCUGCUUUCCCCGCGAUCAACAGUGCACAACGUGCUGUCUCGUCUUCUUCAUCUUCAGACACAUCCAGGGGACUCAGCAUACCAAAGAUACUCACUGACUCUGCAUUGAUGCCCCCACCACCUGUACCUAGCCUUGCUAUACGCCAACCAGGUAUUCCGCCUCCACAGAGCUCAUCAUCUCUUCUUGCACCUAUGACUACGACUCAACCACCCAAACGACUUUCCAGACGUGAUAAAGUAGCUUUAGCGCCAGGAUUUGGUCCUCUCGAUUGGGGAAACCUCAAAGCAUCUGGCCAGAACCUACGAGUAAGCAAGUCGAUGCCAUCUUUAGUACGCAAUGUAGUGAGAUUUCAUCAGGGAGUUGAUGCAUUAAUGCGCAUCCCACCAUCUGUGCUUAAGUUACAUAACAAGAAGGAGGAUGCUUGGACAGCGAUCAAUGGGAAGGUUUAUAAUAUCACACCCUACCUCCCAUAUCACCCGGGUGGUGAGAAGGAGCUCAUGAGAGUAGCGGGUAGAGAUGGAACCAAGUUGUUUUCACUGACACACGCGUGGGUAAAUGCAGACUUCAUGCUUGAUGCAUGCCUGGUCGGAUUCCUAGUCUCAGAACCAAGCUCAUAAUAGAUCGGACAUGAUGUUGCAUAUAAUUGUUUAGAUUGCGUGGAUUAGAACUGCAGGCUGCUAUCGAUAUCUGUACCCAAUUACUUGCUGUGCUACAACGGGCGCCGCAUAGGCACUAUGGUGUACUUUGUGUCUAAGCCGGACCGCCACAGGAUGGACAUCUGGGCUAGGUGGCUGCUUAGUUGAUCGCAAUUGUGAUAUUCAGCGUCGCAACUCAGUACCAGACUAUGGAAAUCUACCAUUGCCUU